AUGGGCCGUGUGGAGCCGUCACGGGGCCUUGGCACAACCAAGGGUGUGACACACUUAGGAUGGGCUGCGAAGUCCGACUCUGCCACCUCCUCGUGGUGCAGCCUGGUAACAUCAUCUAGUGAUGAUGGCCAAGAGCAGAGUGGUUGUUAUGAGUGUCUGAUUUUCAGUGAACUCAGCAUUCAUUGGCCUCCAGGCUUUGAUCUUUGCGCUCUGCGAGCAAUCGCCCUGCCUCCGCCCUGCCUCUGCUCUCUACAGCACAAUGUCGGCCUGAAAUGGGCUCCUGGGCAUAUGGGGAUAGAGGGCAAUGAGGAAGCAGACCGCUUGGCUAAGCGGGCAGUCUCAUCCACUGCAGCCCCAGCCUAUGGUCUCGAGGCCACACCCACAGUCAGUGGGGUCCGCACAGUGGCCAAGCAGCUCAGCCAAGAGGCAAGGCGAAAGUGGUGGAGUGGAGCCUGUGGCAGGCUCUCUGACUGGUACCGGGGCUGGAGUUUCAGCAGGCCGACUGUGGAAUACCAAGUGAAGGCCCCUCCGGAGCUCACCAUGCCACGGCAUGCCCUUCACCGCUGGCUCGCACUCCGCUCCUCUCAUGGGGACUUCUCCUGGUACCACAGGCGUUUCCAGCAUGCAGAUGCGAGGCUCACCUGUGUCUGUGGACACAACAAGAGCCCAGAACAUUUGGUGCUCUGUCGACACUCACAGAGGCACUUUCUUCACUGGCCCAAGAGGCCAGCAGCACGGCCACACAACCGGGCGACAGCUGUUGCCUAUCUAGGGUCUCUGACCCCUACAGACUUUGUAGAACUGCUGGACUGCACGCAGUUCUACACACGGUACUGCACAAGCAGUUCCACGAGGCCGGCCUGCUGA